AAAAAAAAAAAAAAAAAAAAAAAAAAUUGUCGCACUUCUCAAAUCGGUCAAACCCUACCUUGCCGAUCACUGAAUCCUUUUUUUUUCAAGAUCUAUUUAUUUGAUAUAAUGGGAAACACCCGAUUAAGUUUUUCCUACUUAAAUUCUCUCUCGAUUAGGUUAUAGAUCGAGAGAUCUCUACAAGGAUCAAAUUACACGAUUUAAGCUUCCAAUGAUGGAAGAUGUACAAUCUACUUUUACGGUGGAUGAGGCACUCGUGUCGUUGGGUUUCGGGAAAUUUCAAGCCUUUGUGCUUGUCUACGCUGGAAUGGGAUGGGUUGCAGAAGCAAUGGAGAUGAUGCUUUUGUCGUUCGUAGGGCCAGCAGUGCAAGUACAAUGGAAGCUUUCUUCUCACCAAGAGAGCUUGAUCACUAGUGUCGUUUUCGUUGGAAUGUUAAUAGGAGCUUAUUCUUGGGGCAUUGUUUCGGACAGCUACGGCAGGAGGACGGGGUUUCUCUUCACAGCCCUUGUGACCAGUGUAGCCGGUCUAGUGAGUGCUUUUGCUCCUAACUAUACGUCUUUGAUAAUUAUGAGAUUUUUUGUUGGUAUUGGCCUGGGAGGAGGGCCGGUGCUUUCGUCAUGGUUUUUGGAGUUCAUUCCUGCUCCAAACAGGGGGACUUGGAUGGUCAUAUUUUCGGCUUUUUGGACCAUCGGCACUAUAUUUGAGGCUUCUCUUGCAUGGGCUAUUAUGCCGAAAUUCGGGUGGAGGUGGUUGCUCGGAUUGUCAGCUUUACCCUCUUUUCUUCUGCUACUUUUUUACUCUUUCACACCUGAAUCGCCAAGAUAUCUAUGCAUGAAUGGCAGAGUAACUGAUGCAACGGGUAUUUUGGAAAAGAUGGCAAAAGCAAACCGUGGGAAACUCCCUCCUGGGAGGCUUGUUUCCGACCACAAAAUUGAGCUUGAUGAAAUUUCUGAUUCGUCUGAAGCUACCUAUUUAGUUUCUGUUGAGAAACAAAACGAUAUAGAUGAGGACACGAACUCAAAAAAUGGAGGGAUCAGAGCAGUUUUGAAGCUUCUAACACCUAGUUUAAUUAGAUCGACUCUUCUUCUUUGGAUGGUUUUCUUCGGGAACGCAUUUUCUUAUUACGGUAUCGUCUUACUAACUUCUGAACUAAGUAAUGGGAACAGGGCAUGUGCAUCGAAGGAGAUGCAGUCAAGCCAUACUGAUGAUGUUAGUCUCUACAAAAAUGUAUUUGUCUCGAGCUUUGCCGAGAUUCCAGGGCUGGUUCUAUCAGCUGUAAUGGUGGAUAGGAUUGGUCGAAAGCUUUCAAUGUCUUCAAUGCUUUUCAUAAGCUGUGUUUUCUUGCUUCCGCUGGUAUUUCAUCAGACAGAAGCAAUAACAACAGCAUCCCUAUUUGGUGCUCGAAUUUGCAUCUCCGCAAGCUUCACCAUCGUAUAUAUCUAUGCACCCGAGAUAUAUCCAACAUCAGUUAGGACGACCGGGAUCGGUAUCGCAAGCUCUGUGGGGAGGAUCGGCGGAAUCCUUUGCCCACUUGUUGCCGUCGGAUUGGUGCAUGGUUGUCAUCAGACAAGUGCAGUUCUUUUGUUUGAAUUAGUAAUUUUCCUUUCAGGAAUAGCUGUUUCUUUAUUCCCUUUUGAAACAAGUGGUUGUAAGCUUAAUGACACUAUCAUUGAUCUGAAGUAGAGAAACAAUAGCAAUAUCCACUCACUCCCGAUGACAUAUGAUAGUAACUUAUUGUUUUAUGGAAUCAACUAGACAACUGUGUUCAGAAUUUUUUUUUUUAAGAGUGUACGGAUACAA